CAUGACGAAGCGCUAAUCUGUUACGCGAGUUUAUUAUAUAUGGCAACUUUUAUGUUACUAAAUAAGUGUCGAACCAAUAGAACAAUGGAUGAAAAAUCUGAAAACGGAGUUCAUAGAUUCUUUCAGAUAUCAGAGAAUGGUAAUCCCGUAUGGCACAACGGGAAAAGUGAUAGUUGUGCCUCACCUUCGACCAAUCCUGGUAAUUACAGUAUGGGACGUCAUAUGCUUAUUGUGGACACACCAUAUAAGUUCCCCUCCGAGAACGGGAUUGCAAAACCAGACGACAUAUUUGAUGAAAAUGUUGGACCUUCUCGCCCAAAAGAUUUUCGAGAUGGAAGAGAAUGUGCUAGCUCGUCCAACCACAGUGAACCUCACGAUUUCGAAACGGAGAGGAAAGGUUCUAAGAUACCUCUUCGGCGCCUCGAUUCGCUGUUGGACAGGAUCGCCGAACGUCAGAAGAGAGAUAGAAGCUAUCAACAAAAAGAUAGCAGAAACAAGAGUGAACAUGAUGCCGACAUUGUUUUCGAAUGUCCCAACCAACCAGGAAUUCAGAAAUUGCACACAUGUCUGGGGCAAUUGCUCCGAAUUGGUGCCUUUUGCAACUCUGCAUGGACAAAGGAAACCCCAAAGACGCCGUGCUGUCUUGUAUUCCCAGACACUCAACCUGAAAACCAUGCAAAUGGUGCCUCCCUGUGUCAAGUGUCAGUUGGUGAUAAACUCACUGGCUCAUCGUGCAAUAAUCCGCUCAUUGUAGUCGAAAUGGUGGACCCAUCCAAUUGUUCUCGUAUUGCAACUUCUCUUGGCCUUGACCUCCAUAUCGAAACUCCUCAAGAUGUUAUACGUUAUGUGAAAGAACAUCUUUUCUGUUAUAUUGAUGAAGUUAGAGGAUAUGGUUUCAAUCAUAUCAUUAUCAUUGGGCAACGUUACUGUGGAAUGCUUUUCCUAGACUGCUACGGCCGCGUGUUUGAUUUGGACAAUAAUAAUAACAUAUUAUGGUUUCAUUGUGAUUAUUUCGAAAAGAUGACAAAUAAAGCUGAUUUCAAGGUGCCAUGGCACGUAUUGGAUGAUGGAACUCUAUUUGACCAUACUCCCAAAUAUCUUGCUGGAGUAUUGGAUUCUAGUAUAUGGAUUGCUCCAUUACUUGUACUCAGUAGUUCUAAUUUACCGCACUACAUUAACACUAGUAAAAAUUGUCCCAGUGAAUAA